GCGGUGGUGACGUGACCAGCCCAUGAUGGCGGUACUAGGCACUAUUUUGAAUUCCGCCCGCUCCUGGAGUUUAAACCUAAGCCAGGGAAAAUAGUUUAUGGAUUUUUGCAAGGGCAUAAAGUAAGUGAGCAUAAAAUAAUGGAUUCUGUCGUGGGAGACGACUUGACACUCCCAGUGGAUUUAAAUGGAAGCUGCCGAUUAGCAAACUCCAUGGAUGCUGCGGAGUACUCUGCUGAAAGCAUGACGGCUCCAUUCUUUCCUGGAAAGAUGUCUCCAGUCAAAGUUCUCACCAUGAAAGACUACGAAAAUCAAAUUACAGCUCUGAAGAAGGAAAACUUUAACCUAAAGCUGCGAAUUUACUUCAUGGAGGAACGCAUGCAACAGAAAUGUGAUGACUCCACUGAGGACAUUUUUAAGACGAAUAUAGAGCUGAAGGUUGAGCUGGAGUCUAUGAAGAGAGAGAUGGCAGAAAAGCAGGAGCUUCUGGUCUCUGCCUCAAAAGCUUUGGAGAGUCUAGCUGGCCGUGAUUCACGAGAGCCUCAUCAAGUGCGAGAGCAAGUUCAGAAAGAGAUGGAUGCUCUUCGCGAUGCUUUCAACAAGAAAAUUGCAGACUUGGAGCAGUCUUUGCAGGCUGCAGAGUUGGAGAUUGAUAGGAUGGCAUCGAUAGCUGAACAGGCGAAAUGUAAAAAUAUUAGCAUGGAAAAACAGCUUCAGAUCCUAAGUGCUAGCACUUCAGCUUCUCAUCCUAACCAAGUUUACGAACUGCAGGAAGCCCUGAAGGACAAAGAUGAUAUCAUUUACCGACUUCAGGAUGAUUUAAAUAAAGCCAAUUUGCAGGUGAAAAACUGUGCAGAGCAAGCAAGAGAUGCACCAUCAGCAGAUCAAGUCAAACAACUAACUGAUCUCAUCACACACAAAGAGUUAGAGAUUGAGACUUUAAGAGGUGAACUGCAAACAGAACGGAACAAAAUUCCUUCAGAAUCUCAGAAGAGUGAACUUAAUUGUUUAAAGUCUCUCAAUCAACAACUAACUGAGGAGGUUACCCAAGCAAAAAAUUCCAAUGAAAUCCUCUCUAAAACACUUGAAGACACCAAGAAUGAAACUAUGGUCCUGACUCAAAAGUUGGAGGAGAAAGAAAAUGAACUCAAUUCUGAGAAGAAAAAUGCACUUAAGAGAGACAAAACAAUUCAAGGUCUCACUCAGAUCCUUCGUGAAAAAGAAAAUGAGAUUGCAGAGCUGUGUCAUGAGAUUGAAGACAGGGAUGAAGCACUUUCAAAAGCAAGAGAAGCGGCACACAAGGCCCAGCUACAAAAAUACCAAGGAGCCGAAGAGCAUCAGAAUCUAUUAAUGGAGAAGCAAACCGAACUGGCCCAGCUCCAAGGCGAGCAUCAUGCCAAGGUACUUGAGACUCAGAAGCUUCAGCGUGCACUAGACAGGAAGGAGCUGGAGCUGACUGGUCUACAGCAGGCCAAAGAACAACUGGAGAUGGAACUGGAGGACAUGCAGCAGCAAAAAAAGAAAGGAGACAAAGCUCUCAAUGACCUAAACAAUCAGCUUAAAAAGCUGAGUGGGGAUAUAAAAGACAGAGAAAGUGCUUUAGAGCAGCAAUACCAGGAAACACUGAAUCAAACAAAACAAAAGAUCCUUGCCCAUGAAGUGACCAUCCAACGGCUCACAACUUCUCUAAUGGACAAAGAACAACAACUCCAAGAAUACAUAAAUAUGAUCAGAGACUUGGAGCACAGCAAAUCUUCAGAGGGCAUUGACGGAAUGCUCUCCAUGCUGCGACAAAAACUUAAAGAGAAGGAUAAAGCACUGGAGCAAGCCCUGGAUGAAAAGUUUGCUGCAAUUGAAGACAAAGAUAAUGAGAUACACAUGUUGCAGCUGUCUUUACGAGAGAAAGACCGAGACUUGGAAAGACUAAACAAUUUAGUUUCCCACAAUGAAGAGACUAUUAAUAGUCUCGAUAGUCUGAUAAAAGAGAAAGAUGUGGAAUUACAGCAUCUUGCCAACACGUUGAAGAAUCUGCAGAGAUCUAAACAAGAAAUAGAAGAAAACUUGAGUCGCUCCUUGCGGGAAAAGGAUGCCAUCAUCAAUCAGCUUAAGCUUUCUUUAGAAGGCAAAACAAAACAUUUGACGGAAUUGACCACCUCAAUGCUGAGUCAGUCCCAAAGUCACACACAGGACCUUGGUGAACAGAUGGGUCAAAGACUGAAAGUUGCUGAAGCUAUGCUGGCAGAGUCUGUUAAAAUCAGGGAACGACUGAUUGCUGACAACGAAAGCGCGGUAGAAAGGCUCCUAGCUACAAUAAACAGCAAGGAUCAACUUCUCAAGGAGUCAGGUGAACAUUACAAAUACAUGAUGUCUCAGCGCACUCAGGAGAUUGACGACCUGAGAAAGCAGCUCUCUGACCUGCAACAGCACCUGAACACUGCUGAGAGGCAAUGCUCAGCCAGAACACAGGAUGCUCUGUCAGAGGCUGCAGAGCUCAGAGCUCGACUGGACGAAAAAGAUGGUCUCAUCACUAAUCUUCUUCAACAAGCAAAGGAAAGAGACCGGUAUUCAAAUGAGAUUAGGCAAAAAGAGGAGUCAUCUCAUGUUUUGGAGCUCAGACAUACCAUUCAGAUUAUGCAGGAAAAACUGGAUGAAAAAGAAGCUGAGCUGUCCACAAAGACUGAAGAAAAUAAAGAUGACACUCUUCCACUCCCAAAGAAAAUCGUCAUCCUAAAGAAAGAACUACUUCAAGUAACUGAAGCACUGAACCAAGCACUUAAAAGAGAGACUGAACUGAAGUUAUUGUUAAAUGAGCUUGAAGUUUGCUGUGAAAGUAAAACUGCAAACAUUGAGUCCCUCACUGCCACUCUACAGAUGAAGGAUGACAUCAUCAAAACACUCCACCAACGCAUUGGUCAAAAGUCUGAAUCUUUAGAGGAGGAUUCACAUGAUCAGGCCACAAGCAGUGGAACAGAGAGAUUUCCUCCUAAGCUUCCACAGAGGGAGCGAACCAUGAUUGGUGGAGACAAUGAAGAAGAGACUAUACCCAGUUUUAAAGCCUUACAACAGGAGCAUGAGGCCCUCAACAAAGCCCUGAAGACAGAACAGCAGCUUUAUUCUAGUCUGGUUCGGACUGUUAAAGAGCAGAACAGCGCCCAACGUCUCCAUGCUCUACAGCUAGAGCUGACAGCUGUGCAACUUCUUCGACAGCAGUUGGAGGAAAGCAUCAAAACUAAUGAUGAACUUAAAGAUGACCUGGAAACAGAAAUGCGCAGGGCCAAACUCAGAGAAGGUAUUGACCCUAAGGAGCUUGAGAGCAUGAGAAACCAACUAGAAGAUGCACAACGCUGGAAUGUGUCACUGCAGGCUCGCUUGGGGGCCAUCCAGAAUCGUGGAGGAGGUGUGGGUGGAACCAAUGACAGUGACUCCUUGACUUUCUUAGGUGACCAGACAUCUUAUUUGAGCAUUUGUAUUGGAGAAGAGGAGGAUGACAGUUUGUCCCAGUUGACAUCUCAGGAGCUUAGAGAAAAGGUGACAGAGCUCCAGGACUAUAUUAGCAGACAACAUGCUUUGAACAGAGACCUGCAGAACAGAUUGAGCUUGUUGGAAAAGUCACAUCUUCAAAGUCCUGGUAGAGAGGAGCUGAAGAUGGGCUCACAAAUCAGUUGGAAACAGCUGCCUUUGACUUACCAGGAUAAAGAGAGCCAGACAGAUGCCACACUGGACCGGAAUAUUUGUCAAGACCUGUCAAGUAAAAAAAGUAUUAAAAAUACAAUUGAUAAGACUAGAGGACAAACUCCAUCUGGCCGCGACACAAAAGACAAGGAUGUUUGUGUGGAUGAUAUAACCAUUUCAAGUCCAUUCGGUGAAGCCUGCUCUGAGUCAUGCUUUAAAGAGAAGAUUGAUAAAACUAUACAGAUAAAAGAACAAACAUCACACGAGCCAAAAGAAGAGUGUGUGGAGGCCUCAGAGGAGUGCAGUGAUGGCAUGGAUCUGGCACAUAAAACUGGAGAAAUGACCCGUCUACAAAAAAAUGUGACAUCAAAUGACCAAACAAAAUCUAUCAAACCUGGCAUCCAGGAGGCUAACACCAAAGAGCUAACAGAGCAGACAUCUACUGGUUCAAAACACAAACCUGGCACUAAAUCCUGUCACAAAAAGGUUAAGGCUUCACAAUCCCGACUUCCUAUCCCUGUGAGGCGCAGAGCUGGAGCUACUGGUGCUGCACUUGAGCAUCAGCUUUUAGAUGCGGUCCAUGGAAGCGAUCAGCAAAUUCUCUUGUUAAAUUCCCUCUCAUCACAGUCUGGCUCCUUCUCCCAUGACUCACUUGUGUCUGACAGUAGCUCUGAGGUCAAACAAACCUCUUGCAGCACUCCGCCUGAUGUUCCUCUCGCAACACAGUUAGAGCUACUUCAGCAACAGUGCCAGGAUAAGGAGGCAUUAAUCAGUGAACUUCAUGAAAAUCUAGCAGACUUAAAGGAGCUCCAAACCCAACUUCAAGAAAAAGAGCGUCUUAUUCUGCAGUAUACAGAGGCCCUCCAGGCAGCGGAGUCCACUAUUGCGUAUUUAACUGCUUGCAGUCUAGAUAGCCAGGGUGCUCUUGGGUCUGACCUAAGUGGUUCAAAUGCCACACUUCAAAACAAAUGCAUAGAACUUGAGCAUGCCUUAGAUGAGAAGGAAGAGUAUAUUUGUGAGUUAACAGAACUACUUCAUGAAGCUGAUAAAGUUUUAAAUUCAUCAAAAAGUCACGGUUCAAACCAUGGUACGAGUGCCCUUGAUAUCAAAGCUGUUUUGCAGAGAAAUCCCUACAGCAAAAAACAGAGUGAAGAUGAUUUGUCUGGAUCUAGUCAUGAGCUACCCCCAAAUGCUGAAACUGCUGAUUCUGUUGUGAGAGAUGAUGAUGAUAGUUAUGAAAAUGAUGAUAGUUCAAGCAAAACACCAUCAGACCAGUUUGAGACAAUAGGUUCUCACAUGAGCGAUUCACAAAAAAGAAUUGUGGUUGUUCUAAUGAACUGUCUCAAUGCCACUAAGUCGGCCAUUGCGUCUCUGACUGCACACUGUACAGAUAGCUCAUCAGUGACCUCCACUGAGCUGCAGACAUGUCUAGAUAAGUUAAAAAGUGCAUUCAAUGAAAAAGAGACACUUGGAGACAUCACACAGUUUAGUAUUGAAACUAACAAUGCAGAGUGCUCCAGCUCACCUCAAUCUAAAGAUCAACACCAACAAGGUCCUCAUCACAACCUACAAAUCCUGUAUGAACUCUUUAGCAGUUUUCAACAAAAACUGUCAGACCUCCAGGCCUCACAAAAGAGCUCAGAUGUGCAGAGACCUUUACAAAACACCAAAGCAUUACCACCGAAUGUGCAGAACCAGAUCGAGACUCUUCACAAGGAACUGAGGGAAAAAAGAAAGAUCUGCAAAAACCUAGAGGAGAAAUUAGCCACAGCACAGUCCAAAACACCAAGUCCAGAAAUUACACCGAAAGCUCUGAAGCAAGAUGAGAAAGGCGUGCAGGUCGAUUUGCAGGACCUGGGUUACGAAACGAGUGCCAAGAGUGAGAACGAUAGGGAGGAGAGCAGUAGCACAGAUUUGGAGGUCGGAUUUAAACCCAUUUGCGGUGCAUCUAGUCUGCCUUCCCUGUUGAAGCAGGAACAAACAAUUUUUUCUUCUACAGAAAACCUUUACUCAGCAUCCAGCACAUACCCUACAUCCCCUGUCCUAAGCUCCGCUAAGGCAAGCAUAAAAAGUUUGCGUAGAAGCUCAUUAUCUAGUGAUGUGGUUGCCAGCACAUAUGAACCUUCAGCAAUUAGAGAAGAGGACCAUGCAGAACCUCACGAUGACGAAAGAGAUAACAAAUCCAUGCAUUUAAAGGGAACAGCACUAAAGGACAAAACAAGCUCCCUGAAUGUGAGCUCUGAGAGAAGAACAUCACUCGCCUUAAGCACAAGUGACCUGCUCCACAGUCGAAGUGGCUCAACAUCACCUGCCAGACUGGAGUCACUGAUUCAGUCCCAGGCCAGGGAGCUGUCCCAGCUGAGACAGGAGAUCAAGGACAGUCGGAGGCUGGGAGCCCUGCAACGGCAGCAGCUUGAGGACUUGGGCAAGGCCUUUAGUAAUCUGAUACAGUCUGCUAAACUGGACAACCUCAUGGGGGAGGAGGUCAAAAAGCAGCUUGAUAGAAGUAUUGCAAUUAUGGACAGUCUGGAAGGACGUCUUGAUAGAAGUCAACACCGUUCGGAAGGAGAAUCUCUUUUGGGGAGUGAACACAGUGCAAAAGUCUCACACAGGUUAACGAACGAGCUGCAGGAGAAGAACCGCCUCAUCCAAAACUUGCAGAGUCAAACCAGUGGUCAAAGUUCAGGCAGUCACCACAGCUCUCAUCCUAAUUUGCACAACUUAAACAAGACCUCCUCAUCUUCCCACAGCAGCCAGGAGUUCAAACCAGCACAGAGCCGAUCGCACUCCGCUGAAUGGCCGGUAGCCGAAGGGGGCGGGGUUUUGGAAAGGGGUGUGUCUGAUCACCGUGACACCGUUGGCAGACUGCAGGCCCUGCACAGGGAGAACGCUCGGCUGCAGGAACAACUGAGGAGCAGCGAGCAGCUCAACACCACGCUGCGCAGUGAACUAGACCUGCAGUGUACCAUCAUGGCUCAGAACGGCUCACAGGGUCACAGUGAGUCCAGACCUGAAGACAGACCACGGGCAGACAGCAGCUCUCCAAGGGACUGUCCGCUCACUUCAGACCUACUUGCAGAGCAUUUACAAGAAAUCCGAGUUCUGCGUCGACGUCUUGAAGAAAGCAUUAGAAACAACGACAGCCUAAGGGAACAACUGGAGAAGAAGCUUGCAGAGGCGCACAAAGACACAGUGCGCACUCACAUCUUCAUCAAAGACCGUGAGGAGCACAGUCAAGUUACCAAAGAGAGGCAGUAUCACGAUCAACAAACUUCGAAAGAGCAGCUGAUCUCAGAGUCUCAAGAUAAGCAGAAAGAGAAUGACAAACUGCGUGAGACUUUGGCUAGAAGGGCCGCAAAACUGGAGCAGAGCAGAAAGGAGUGUGAGAAGCUGCGGCAGGACAACAUGCAAGUGCAAGAGAGACUGGCGGUCAUGAGCCAAGAAAAUGCUCAACUAAAAGAUUCUCUGCUCUCCAGUAAAGAGGAACUCCAGAGGCUUCAGUGUGAAGUGAAAGUUCAAGGCCAACAGCUGAUGGAUUCACACCAUCUUCUCCAGUCUUUGCGUGUAGAGCUGCAGGUUUAUGAAAAACUGAAGAGCCAAGAUCUGAAAUCUACAGAAGAUGGACAGACACCACGUGGAGAGGAGCCUGGGUUUUCGUCUGGCUCAGUGGACCUGAGAGAGCUGAUGUCUGAGAUUAAACAUUUGAGACUUCAGCUGGAGAGGAGCAUCCAGACCAACAACGCUCUGAGGCAAAGACUGGAGGAGCAGAUCAACCAUGGACCGAACCACUCUGAGACCAUUAACAUCAAUUACCUGCUCUCUUCUCCAGAUGAGGCAGUCAGGACACAAGGUCUGGACGACUUGAAUCCUUCUCAUCACAGGGAACGUGCUAGAAACACCCAUGAUCAAAAACACCAAACUGUAGUUGAUGGAGGAUCUUUGAGUAGUAGCUCGAUGGACAGUACUUCUGGUGCUCCCUCUCGCCUGGUACCCGGUCACCGCAUGUGGGCAAAUCGCAAUGGCCGCCAUAUUUUGGGCUUGAUUGAGGACUACAGUGCUCUUCGCAAGCACAUCUCAGAAGGGCGCAAACUUUCCCACAGCAUGGAUACACAAUUACAAGAGUGUAUACUGUUCUUUAAAGAACAAUGUUCAGACAAGUUUCAGGAACAGAAGCCUCUGAAGAGUUUGUGCACCAAUAUGAAUUCACUGCAGCACGUCCUGGAGGAGGCCAGCCGUCUGCUCAAACUAUUAUGGCGAGUGUCUCUGCCCAUCAAUGUAACAACAGGAGACAUGGGUCACAACCAGCAGGAUGAGCAGCUGAAACGGGAGAUCUCCAGGCUGAAGAACAGAGUGCUACAGCAGGAGAAGAUGUUGAGUGGAGCUGUUAAACGUCUUGGAACAACCAACCAGCUCAAAGAGGGAAUGGAGAGGGUCAUCAUUGAUCAGUUGUCCUUGACACAUGGGAUUUUGAAGAAAGCAAGAGGAAAUUUAGAGGAGAUCCCAGCGAUUGGCCUGUAGCAGAUAUGCAGUCAGAUCCAGGAGAUGGUCUUGAGACUGUUCAGCACUUUAAAGGGACAGAAGAGCUGUAGCUCUCUGCAACUCGGAUAAACCUGCUGUCAACUAAUCCAGAUUCACUUUUAUUUAUUUGCAAGAGCAAUGAGAUAUUCUAGGUACUUAAUAUUUUCCUAAACAAAAUUUUACUAUUGCUUUUAGUGCCUUUGUGUAAAUAUGGAUUUAACCAUGUCUCAAGAUGCAAUAAGCAAUUUGUGUAUUACAUUUUUAAAGAAAAAUAAAAUAAUUGCCGAUACAAAAGUUGCUUUAUUAUGACAAAUUUAGGCAUGUCUUUGGUAGCUUCUUUAAGUCAAUUUAGAAACAAUUAUAAAAAUACAAGUCACAUAGGGUGGACAA